AUGUACAGAAGCUGCCUUUUGGAAAAAGAAGCGGGCAUGUACCCGGGCACUCUCAGGAGCCCUGCGGGGGGCGGCACCGCUGGGGCUGUCGGCACCGGGGGCGGUGGGAGUCCGCUGCCAGCCUCCAACUUUGCAGCGGCCCCAGCUUACGCACACUAUAUGGGGUAUCCCCAUAUACCCAGCAUGGAUCCUCACGGGCCGCCGCUGGGAAACUGGGGCCCACCCUAUAGUCCCCCUCGGGAAGACUGGAGCGCUUAUCCAGGGCCAUCAAAUACAAUGGGCGCGGUGCCCAUGAACGACAUGACCUCGAGCCCCGCAGCUUUUGGAUCGCCGGAAUACAGCAACCUGGGACCCGCGGGCGGUGGAAGCAGCAGUGGCAGCCUGACAGCCCCAGCCGGCGGGUCACUGUUCCCCAUCGACGCCAGCACCGUCAAUGUCAGUUCUCCCAGCAGAAGUCGUCACAGCCCCUAUGCGUGGAUGCGCAAGACUGUGCAGGUGACUGGGAAAACAAGGACAAAAGAAAAGUAUCGUGUUGUUUACACAGAUCAUCAAAGGUUGGAGCUGGAGAAGGAAUUCCACUGUAAUAGAUACAUCACCAUUCGGAGAAAAUCAGAGCUGGCAGUCAACCUGGGCCUUUCUGAGAGACAGGUGAAAAUCUGGUUUCAGAAUCGCAGAGCCAAGGAGAGAAAGAUGAUCAAAAAGAAAAUCUCACAGUUUGAGAACAGUGGAGGCUCAGUACAAAGUGACUCUGGCUCCAUCAGCCCUGGGGAACUACCUAACACUUUUUUCACCACCCCAUCUGCCGUCCGUGGAUUUCAGCCUAUUGAGAUACAACAGGUCAUAGUCUCGGAAUGA